AUGAUAAAUGCAAUAAGAAAGGCAUAUGAAGGUUAUAAAGCGCCAUCUAGCGAGAAAGCAAGAACCGUUCUACUAGAUGAAUGUGUUAGAGAUAUGGAGAAGGACCUAACACCAUUUAAAGAUACAUGGCACUCACAAGGUCUUUCUAUUAUAUCUGAUGGGUUGACAAACAUCAAACAAAAACCCUUAAUCAAUGUUCUUGCUAUGAACAAUCGUGGUUUUAUGUUCAUGUAUGCCAAAGAUUUUUAUGGGGUGGAGAAAACUGGAAAAGCAAUUGUUGAAUUUUUUAUCCAAGCAAUUGAAUCUAUCGGCCCAAGUAAUGUUCUCAGUGUCAUCACAACGCAACCAAUUGCAAACUUGCGGGAAAGGAAAUCGAAAAGAGAUAAUUCUAAGUUAGAGCUACUAAAGAUUGCAAAAAUCCAUUUUGCCUCUCACUACAUUUUGUUGAAGAGGUUAAACACUUGUAGAGAGGCCCUUUCAACAACAAUUGCUCUAAAUUCAUGGAGAGAUUGGGCAAAAAAAGGCGAUGAACAUACUAGAACUAUUGCACAGCUUGUUGUGUACACUAUCAGAGAUGAUGAUUUUUGGAACGAAGUUGAAAACAUUCUAAAAAUCACAAAGCCUAUUUUCUUGAUGGUGAAGUUUUGCGAUGGUGAAGGCCCAAAAAUGGGCAAAAUAUAUGACAAGAAGGAUAAUAUGAUUAAAGAAAUCAAAGACUUGAUGAAGGAAAGUAUAAAUGCAUCUUAUUUCCCUCAAGUAGAACAAAUUCUAUUGAAAAGAUGGGAGAAAAUGAACAUACCUUUGCAUUGUUUGGGAUUUGCUUUAAGUCCUAGAUUUUAUGACACACGUUUUCUUGAAACGUUAGCACCGGGUGGCAUACGAAAAAAAGCACCUAACCUUGAUAAAGAGGUUGUACAAGGUGUCAUGGAAGCUUUUAGUCGCAUUGCUGAAAAUAGAGACGAGGAACGGAUGUUACGAGAACAAUUUGCCACGUUUUACAUGUAA